AUGGCUCGUCGGGAAUUGGCUCCACCCUAUCAUUCGGUCCUGUUAAGUCCGAGACAAGCGGCCCUUGGGAGCUAUGGCUGCCCUAUACCUGACCGCAUUGAAAAUGUUGGUGGCGGACCGUUUGUGGGGAAUCUCUCAUUCUACCACUUCAACAUGAUUGUUUCCGGUGCCUGCACUGCGAUAGUAUUGUUUUUGACCUUCGGUCUUAUGGGACGCCAUGCGAUGCGCAUGAGUAACCCCGAGGAACAAAUCAAGAUAAUGCGAAUCGUCAACAUGAUUCCCUCCUACCAAGUCCUGUCCUUCAUCUCGAUCUGCCUUCCAAACUCCUACGUCUAUCUACAAGGGUUCACCGAGGUGUUCCAGGGUAUUGCUCUAUACGCUUUUCUGAUGCUGCUCUGCCACUUUUUGGCUCCCACGGACCAGGGUAAGGUGGAAUUCUUCUCUUCGCUCGAGACGAAGAGACAGUGGCAGCCAAAGAAGAAGAGAAACGGUCUUGUGUUUUUGAGUGUGGUGACCCAGUUGCUGCACAUGUACUGCCUUGGAAGCACCGCACCGCACUUAGCUCAUGUUUGGAUCACAGCUGCCACAUCUCUGUCGACAUCAGUAGCCGUCAACGCCAUCAUUCAAUUCUACAUGAACAUGAAGGGAUACAUGAAAGAGCACCACCCGCUUACAAAGUUGCUGGCAUUCAAGCUGAUUGUCGGAGUGGUCAUAUUGGAAAAGAUCCUCUUCCUCAUCUUGGAGGGCAUCAAUGUCCUCCACAACAAUGAAACAUUGACCUACGUCGACGUCAUGAUGGGCCUACCAGAGAUGAUCAUCUGCGUGCAGAUGGUCCCUCUAUGCUUCUUGGUCCUCUACGCCUACCGGGCAAAGCCUUACGAAAUUUCCAACGCUCCUCGCACCGUGACCCUGCGGCCUCAAGAGUACCAAGCCGUCGAGUCCGAUGGCGGCGAGGAGACCUUGAUGAGUGGAUUCCAGAAACGCUACCAGGGUGGCUGGAUGGGACUGCACGCCUGGGCCACUUACUUGAACCCGCUGGGCUUGCUCCUGGAUGUCAUCUCCGCGCAUAGAAUGAUCUCCAAGGCUCGGGCUCUGCAAAAGGCGCAGAUGGAUGACAGGCAUCUUUGGUAA